UAUAAGUGAUCACUCCAAUUUACACCUACCUAUAUUGUAGUUAUAUAAAGCGUUCACAGGCAGAUUUGCUUUAUGUAUUUCCCUGGCGUCGAAAUCAGGCACAUAUAAAUGUCAGGAAACACGACUCUUGGCUGCAUGCCAAUAUCCAUUGAUUAAGUUUCUUUGACAAGUUGUAAGGAACACUUUCGAGCCCAACCAUUAGUGUUAUCGUUUGUUUUCCUCGUGUUUCUGCAGUUUUCCCUGUUAAAUCCAGUCAUGCAGCAGCUUCUUUUGCCACUCAGUCCAGCUGAGGGAGCGCGUUCCGGUGGGAAAGUGACGUCAAUGCAUACCCUCUAUUCAGAAUGCCACAGAUUCUGUCCACAAGCACUGUUGAAAAUCCUGAUUAAUUUAAAUCAUUGGGGUAAGCUAUAGUCUGCUUUUCAUGCAGUGUAGUUUCAUAAUAAAGAAAUGAUGCAGUUGAGCAGUAGCACUGAGGAGUAAUGUGUGAUUUGUUUCUUUGACAUAUUUAUAAGCUCUUCCUUUGGUUUUGGAGAUGUUUGGCAUGGCACUAAAGGUCUCAAUGCACAGAACUACCUCAAGGAAUCAUUUAGCAUGUAGCCAACUAUAUGCUUCAGGUGGUUUUGUGUUUUGUAAUGUACUGUCUGUGAGGGUUUUUUUCUUUUUUUCUUUUAUCUGUCCAUUUGCUACUGAUCAGUUCCCCUUGAUUUUUAAGGAAAAUGUAAUCCAGGACCCCCUUUUCAGGUCAGACUGAGUAAGUAUAAUUAUUUUGGAUUUGUAAAUUUGUUCACUGUUGAUGGGUAGAGAUUUGGUUAAAAGCAAAAGACAUUGCUUUCCUGAUCACUGUCAACUAGUUUUUUACCUGCUAAGUUAAGUUUCGUCCUCGUUUUCUAAAUCAUUACUCAUUUUACAGGGAAAACUGAGUUUUGUUUUGUUGAAGUUGCCUAUUAUAUGUCUGUUUUAGGGUUUUUUUCUUUCCAGUAGUGCAGCACAAAGUGAUUUGCCUUUUCUUUUUGUCCUAUUUGAAAAUAAUAAAAGCUGAAAUAAAACCAAAUGAGCUGUGUAUUCUUUGGUCAUAUUUUAUAUAUAGGGCUGGUUUUACAGACAGGGAAAUUAAAUUAGGACAAUUAAGUAGCUUUUAUAAACAUAACUUUAAAAAAAAUCAUUUACUGGUGUACAUCUGGAGACAAAACAAUGGCACUGACACAUUUUAAGAUAUAUCAGUGCAAGUUUGAGCCGUUUUAACUGAAACAUGCUUUUUAUUUUAGGACUAGCUUAAGCCUUGUCUGUGAAACCAGGCAAUUGAUUCUUUGUAACACCAAUUACAAACAAAUGAACAAUAAUAGCAAGCAUAUUCAUUAAAGCAUCAAAAAGAAGAGAGCACAGAAGAAAAGAUUUCAUAAAGAAAAAGAGAAGCUUCCAGCAUAUAUGAUCUUUAAAUAACUUUUUAGGGUAAAUAAUAAUGUGCUUUAAAUGAAAGAUGAAUGAUGUCAGUGCUUGAAAUAAACUUUACAUUUACAUUACUUUAAAUAAACAAACAUUUACUCUACAAGUUAUAUAUUGUACUUUCAGUAGUAACACAACAGGAUUUUGUAUUUCAUUACUCACCACACUGAAACACAAAUACAGACAUAUAUAUGUGUGUGUCUGCUGAACUUCCUGUGCUUGGGUGGAGCUCUGCUGAGAUGAAAAGAGAAGAGUCCUAGUAGCAGGUGAAGCAGAAUCAACGACUUGAGGAGAGAUGUGAAACUUGUCAUGGAUAUUUUAAAAAUUUAAUAAGCGCACUAUGACACCCUGCUUAUUUCUCUGGAUUUUAUUGGAGCAAACUUUAGCAUCUCAAAAUUUUCAUUACGUCCAAAAGCUUGAGGGUGAAUCAGUGGACAUAUUUUGUGUUGCAAAAGCAAGUAAAUCACACCCAUCGCUUCUGUACCUGCGACGAAGAUUUGCUCAUUCAGAAAGUGUUUUGAACAUCUCUGAAGAUGAAAUGAGAGCAGAUCCAGAAACUGAGGGACGUAUCAAGAUCUCCAGACAGCCGAAUUUUCUCAAGACAGCCGAAAUUACUGUGACGCUUUCUGAUUUAAGACGCACAGACACGGGGCUUUAUGUCUGUGAUUUCUCGGGAAAUCCAUCAGAUCAGCACUCGACGAACACAGCCCUUUUUCUGCUUGUGAAUGCGGCAGGUGAGCCGUGCUCCUGUAUGAGGUAUUCUCUGCUCAUCUACUCCAUCUCAGCAGGAGUGAGUCUGCUCCUACUCACAGCCAUCGCUCUCUUUUUGACGCAUAAAAAGCCUGAUACUCAGCAAGAGCAUCAAACUACAGUUCCGAUUUAUGAAGACAUGUCAAGUGUGCGAGGACGCAGUGAAAACCAUCAUCAGAUCUGUCCAACAGAGCCUGAAACAUCUGCUCCAGCCUGGACCAAAUCCAAUAAAAAGACAAUGCUGGGGAAACUGUAGAUUCCCUGGCAAAACUAUACAACCCCAAGGACAGAUCAUGUGGCAUCAACAUCAGAAAAAAUUAACAUUUCAGCUUGUAACGUGAUAUUCUGAUCCAUUUACAACUACACAGUUUGUGUAUUAAAAAUGUCUAAAAGCAAUAUGGCUUUUCCCCCCCCAAGAAAUACUAUCAAUUUGUAGUUUUUCUGUAGUUUACUGUCCUGUGAUGACAAAUAAAUAAAGAAUAAAGAUUAUGUUAUCUCAAUUAAUGUAUGCAUAAUUAACUGCCACAGCAAUUAUGCAAAUUACUAUUUAGACAAAGUAUAAAAAAUAAUUACUAAAUAACUACAACCCAAAAAUAAUAGCUACAACAGAAAAGUUGGGAUGUUUUUUAAAUUUGAAU